UUUAAAAUUGGGUUUAUGUGUCUGGGGUGUUCUAGAAACCUGCAACGCGUGCGAUUUCACGUUUCUUCUUGAUUCUUAAACAUAACGCAGAAAACCUAAUUCGAUCGAUUUUGAAAUCUCAAUGGCUUUGAAUCCACAAUUGUUCCCAAAUGGAAUGCCAGUUGCAUUCGUGAACGAGAUGUUUGUGUUGGCUAGAGAUGGCGUCGAAUUUGAAGUUGACAAGAUUCCUGGUGCUGGAAGUCACGGGGGUCGUCUCAAAGCAAAGGGGAUCAUCUAUUUGUCAAAUAUACGGAUGGUUUUUGUUGCUAAAAGUCCUGUUGAUGGACUUUAUGCUUUUGACAUGCCUUUGCUGUACAUCAAUGGUGAAAAAUUUAACCAACCAAUAUUUCACUGCAACAAUAUUUCUGGAUUUGUUGAGCCUGUGGUCCCAGCUGAUCAACACAGGGCUCUUUACUCCACACACUCAUUUAAAAUCAUAUUCAAAGAGGGAGGAUGUGGAACCUUCAUUCCUCUUUUCUUCAAUUUGAUUGCUUCAGUGAGACAGUAUAAUCAACAUGCUAAUGUGCCGACCGAGUCUCGUGUGGAUCCUUUACAGGCAUCUCAGACUCCUGUCGAUGAGAUGAUGAGACAUGCGUACGUUGAUCCUAAUGAUCCAACAAGAAUAUUUCUGCAGCAACCAAAUGCUGAUUCUCAGCUUAGGCGUCGAACCUAUCAGCCACAGACAGAUGGAGGCCACGUUUGAGAAGGAGAUUGCAUUUUCUUCACCUUCAUGCAAGAUGUGUUUAUAUGGAUAUUGUGCAUUUUAAUAUGAAAAUAAAUAAAACCAUAAGAGGGAACUGUUUCUCAUGUAUGACCAGGAACUAAAUAUAUUAUCAAUUGUAUUUUAUCAGAAAAAAUUGGAUAUCUUUUUAUAUCGUGA